AUGGAGGACUCGUUGCUGCAGACUGGAUCGUACAAAUGCGGUAUAUUAGGCCCCCAGUCUUCACGGCGACCGGUCCAGGUAGUUGCUGCCGGCGCGCGUGCGGUAGUGGGCGUUCGCGCGGCGGAUCUGCCCGUCCAUCCAUGGGAGCAGCCGGAACCGCGGCGCGUCCUCGUAGACGGGGCGCUCCCACUGCGAAGAACGCAGGUUGUACGAGCACCAAAAGACGUCGUCGGCGAACCAGGCCAUCGCCCAGUCGCCAGGCGGGGUUUCCGUGGGUUUGCGGCCGCCACACGCCGCGCAUUGCAAGAAGCCGGCUUCGGCGCCGGUGUGGCGGUACGUGCAGGCCGGACACGCCCAGGGCGGCGCCCGAGCCCGCGGCCGAACCAGCUGCCGAACCAGCUGCCGAGCCCGUCGCCGAGCCCGCGUCCAAGCCGACGGCCGAUCCGCCGGCCGAGCCGGCUCGGCCGGCGACCGAACCCACGUUUGCUUGGGUCGCGGCGCGGGCCGCCCCGGCCAGUUGUGCUGGGGCGGGUACACGUCCGCGGGGGUUCCGUCCGAGGUAGCGUCGACGGCGGGCGGCGGCGCGGCACGCGUGGGCUUCUCCCACUGCGCGCGCUCGUGCAAAACGCUCCGGAAGUAGACGCGGUGGUCCGGCGCGCCCAUGCGCCGCACCUCCCAGUCGCCGGGGAGCCGCGUCAGCUCCCUCAAACUAAGGUCGCGCCACGUAGUGUUCGUGCGACCAAGACAACCAAGGUCCUGCGUCGUCGCGAAGCGCAGCACCUUGAGGCUCACGUCAGUCGGCAGCGUUUUGCCGCCCCGCAUGGGUAUGAUCAUGGUGCCGCUCACCGCCAGUUUGCUUCGCAGGUCUUGCGCCAUUUCUCACGCGCCGAAGAGCAUCUCCACAAAAAUACAAACGAUGUUCAGCGGGAUGAGGAUGGGCCGCAGGUACUGGGCCGCCUUGGCGAAGUUCACGGCUUGCGUCGCCAUUUCGUUCGAGCAGCGAGCUUCUACUUUAUCGAGAAAUCGGGGCCGGUUGAGGAUCGCAAUGGCGUUGCAGCCGAGCAGGCAGACCUUGAUCAUGGACCAGAGGGAGAGCAUCACUGAUCGCGGCCGCUAAGGCGCCAAAUGCCUUGAGAUCGGGGGUGCGGCAGCGCGGCAGCUGCGAGGGUCUGAAGCCGACGUCUCCGCGUCCGCACGUCACGCGUGAGCUCACAGCGCAGCUCUUUUGGCCUGUACGGC